UGCCUGUUUGCGCUUCUGCCGGCGGAGGCGGAAGAAGUCAUCGCCGGCAUGGGCCGCAGGAAGAAGGAGCGGCGCGAUGGGAGUGCGAUAUUCCGGAGAGUCGUGUCUUUCGACGAGAAGAGUCGACGGGAGUUCUUGACAGGGUUUCACAAACGUAAGGUUGAGAGGAGGAAAGCGGCCGUGGAGGAGAUAAAGCGGAAACUGAAGGAGGAAGAAAAGAAGAUGAAAGAAGAGAGACAUAAGGAAUACAUGAAGAUGUUGAAGGAGAGAGAAGAGGCCUUAGAGGAAGCUGAUGAGUUGGAACAUCUAGUGACAUCUCAAACAGAGUCGGUGAGCUACGAUCACCCAAACCAUACAGUCACUGUUACUACCAUCAGCGACCUGGACCUUUCUGGAACACGUUUGCUGGGGCUAGAUACCCAUGAGAGAGAGAAUUCCAGACUGGAAGGAGAAGAUACCUUCAACAACCACACAUGUACAUUGCCUAAGAAAUCUAGAGAUCCUUUCCUGUCUGAGAGAAUUUCUUCCCUCACUGCUUCGCUGCAUUCCCGUAGCCAGAAAAAGGGAAAAAGAAAGCACAUCAGCCACAAACAAGGGGUAAAGAACAGAGCCCAAAAGACGAGAACCAGACGAACAAGCAAGUCCCAGCGCCGGAAAAUGACAGGCAAAAGGAGGCAUGUCCAAGAGUGAAAGGCUGGCAUGGACUGUUAAACUCUGCUAAUUGGUGUAGAGGAAGAUCAGCGUUAUGUGGACAAAGCCUGUCUGCUCAGGAUUACAGAGGAGAGGUGGUCUUUGGUAUUCCGGGAGCUA